CUCAUUGAUGGUUCUUGAUGCCAGUCUCAGUAGGAACCCACCAGAGGGCAAGAGCAGAGAGCAAUGCCAACCACUGGGAAAAGGGACAACCAGGCAAGGCACCCAAGUUGUCGAGGUCUGCGUGGGGCAAAAAAGGAAGCUAAGCUGGCCUGGUUGUGGAGGAUAAAAGACAGAGUGCCCAGGCCCUCCCUGCUACUAACCCCACCCCAUCCCUGAUAGGGGCUGACUCAGCCUAUUCCCAGGCCCAGAAUCUUCCUCUGCUAGACCCUGGGCCCUUUGUCUCUGUAGUCAUGAGGCCUGAGGGGGGUGGGGACAAUGUUGAUAAAAGGCACUGGAGGCAGCUCCCACCCUUUCUCAGAGCUGCUGCCCACAUGCAGCCCCGGACACAGCCCUUAGCCCAGGCCCUGCCCUUCUCCCUUGGAGGGGUCCUGCGAGAUACUGGGCUCCGAGUGCCUGUCAUGAAGAUAGGCACAGGAUGGGAGGGCUUGCAGCGGACCCUGAAGGAAGUCGCCUACAUCCUCCUCUGCUGCUGGUGUAUCAAGGAGCUCCUGGAUUAAUGGCGGCAGAGAACUGCCUCUUCUCCCCAGCUGGCGUCACUCAGCACCCAGCCCAAGACUCCUGGGGCCAGCUGUGCUUCACCAAGGAUGGGCCACAAACAACAAAUGAAAUGCGGAUCGUGUUUUGAAUUGCGCCCUCUGUCAGACUUGCCUCAUCUCUGGGCCGCCUCAUCAGUUCUGGUGGGCAGGAGCUUGGCCUUCUGACAAAGACCCCAAUAAGAUUGCAGCAGGACCUGGAGCUCCUCCCAGCCUGGCACAGCGAGCCAACCAGCCCAGAUGGUGGACCUUACCAUACCGGCUUAGUACCAGGAAGGGGCGGCUCCCUAAGCCCCAGAUCUCUGUUUGAGAAUCACUGAGCUAUAUAUAUAAUAAAUAGGCUUUGAGGUCAAAAGUUCCAAAUGUCUGAAGGGGGAUCAGAAAAAAUCAGCAUUAGAAGGGUCUUGGAGCCAGGGUGCAGAACAAGAAGAAAAGCUUGUGAGACUGAAAGCCAGGUC